AACCAUCGAACGUAACGAUAUCGUCGGAACUCUGCCAUCGUUCUCUCGACAUGAUACCUAAGGAACCUGAGAAGGAAGGUCGUCCUGCUGUUGCAAGGUCUGGCAUGUAUGCAGCGGAAAUGCUAACGCGGCGUUAUGCGAUGCAUGCAAUUAAUGUUGUCAUCGUUGACAAUUUAGCAUGGGUAUGGUGGUAUGAUCGACAGGGUGCAAUCCAGUCAAGCGGUGUCGAUUUCAUCAAGGACCUUCCCUAUUUCCUUGUUCUCAUUGCCACAUUCCGUCAUUUGGGUCUGCGUGAAUGGGGUAUUGACGCCACACUGAGAAGGGAUGGGCAUCAGCACUAUCCGAAGAGGGCUACGAGAGAGUAUCCGAGGAACGACAGACUCGGAACAGUUCAUGAGUGCCAUCCUCGUCGCAAACCCCACGGCUUUGACAUCGUAUUCGGAGAUCGCGAAGAUCAGACGAAUGUCAAAGCAGCCGCCAUUACACGUCCUGAAAAAUUCGUUAAAUCGCGAUAUUCUCUUUUCGGUCGGGGAACAAAGGAAUUUGAGGCCACGCAGAAGAAUACAAAUGCAGUCAUGAAGAGAUACUGGCCGGAGGUCAUUCUCACGAGCGACGCUGUCAUUUUGGAGCAAGCAGUAGAACUGGGUCGGGGAGAUCCGCUCAUAGAGGGACAUCUGCCCACGGUCCUUGCCUCGUACGACUUGAACUACUCGACCGGAACGAUUGGAGAGGACAUUCAGAAAGAAGGGCGAAUUGAUGGGGAUGCUAUCGGUGACUCACGUUGCAUGCGCCUACUACUGAUGCGGAAACUGUUGCCCAUCGACGGAUUGCCCGCUGAGGAGUUUCUGCGUGUAUGGGUGGAAUGCUAUCGAUGUCAUUUCGCGCUCUGGAUGAAGGGCUUUGAACACAGGGAUAUCAGUAUUGACAACCUGCUCUAUGACCCCAUCACUCGAAAAGGUGUUCUGAAUGUUUUUGAUUUGGCUGGGAUCCGCCUGGACAGUAAGAAGCAGGCGACAGGGCAGGAACGAAUAGGCACUAUUCCCUUCAUGGCGAUAGAUCUCCUCUCAAGCAAGUAUUUCCACGGAGAGAUCGUGCGCCUGUACCGCCACGAUUUCGAAUCAUUCCUUUGGAUCCUGGCUUAUAGGCUGCUGCGUGGCGUCGAUGAACAAGAUGCAGAUUUGGCAAAAUGGGAUACUGGCGAUUACAGUUGUUGUCGAGCCUUCAAGAACGACUUUCUCUACACGAAUUUGGGAAGAUGGAGGGCUAAGGAUGAGAAUGAACGGGUUUGGGAAGGCAUUGGGUAUUGGUUGAUGGGAUGGUUGAGCAAAAAACUUUAUGAGAUGACAGACUUGCGUAAUCUCAAGGAAAGGGCGCCGGGGAAGCUGUCACGGAAUGACCUCGCCAAGAUUUCUGAAUGGGAGGACCAGUCCAACCAGUCGGCCAUGGAGGUUCUCAAAGACGCUGAGAGUGUCAUGGCGGAGCACUAUACUGAGGCGGAUUUGUCCAAUCCCUUCCAACCACUCUCUGGCGAAGAGCUCCAACGGUAUCCCCCCUCUCCAUCGCCACCUGCUUCAUCCUCCUGAGUCCCGCUUUUCCCCCUCGCCUUCAAUUAUGGCAACUUAUCUCAUAGCGAGAUCCAUACUCCUGGAUGGUCAUUCAAUGAUUGGUAAUGUCGUAAUGAAUGUUUUAUAUACAAUGUUUGUUCCAGCAUUCAAUGUAGAC